CCCCCCCCCCCCCUUCGUUCUUGGAAAAAUUCCCGCUAUUCUUCUGUUCCUCUGACCAUCCGGUUUUCUCCCCGAAAUCCCUGUCCCUCAUCCCGUGCGGGUGAAACCGCAGGAUGUUUUCCACCGUCCUGCGGAGGGCGAGUACGGUCACCUCGCGCUUCACGGCGCGCAUUCCAUGGCUGAAGACCCUGCGCAUGAACUUCAUCCUCAUCCACUAUGUCUACAUCAUCGCCAUCACCUUCAUUGCAUCGAUCAUUAUUUACCCCGGUACCGAUUUGGCCUACAUCGAUGCUCUUUUCCAAGCGGCCGGCGCCGCCACCCAGAGCGGCCUCAAUACCGUGGACCUCAAUACCCUGCAUACCUACCAGCAGAUCAUCCUGUACCUGGUCUCCAUGCUGACCACCCCGAUCUUCAUCCAUACUGUUCUCGUGUUCGUGCGUCUUUACUGGUUCGAAAAGCGCUUCCAACAUGUCGCCAGCGAUGCGCGCGCCCUCCGUCAUACUCGCUCCCGCCUCCGGACUAUAAGUGAAGACAAGGAUGGGCAGUCCCCCGCCCGGGAAGAGGCUGGCAUCGCUGGCCGGUCCAUUGUCGUGUUGCGUGACACCCUGGGUCAGCCAGGCGACCGGCAGCAGGCGAGGAGGAAACCUAGCAAGGAAGACUCGCCGCCUGCGUCGCCCACCGCUGGGGGGCCACCAGACGCUCCAAACGAAGAUCCGAGCAGUGCCAUCAAUCGCAAACUAGGAGUUGGGCUAGGGAGAACUUUGGAAAAUAUGCGUAUGCCAGCACAGCUGAGUCCGGAACACCACAUUGCGUUCUUGGAGAACCAGCGGAGGAACAAGGGCGCCCUGCGGAUUCCUAGUCCUCGGGAGUAUGACAACGGCGGCGUGCCACAGGUCUUGGAAGAGGACGAGGAGGAGACAAAACCGCCGGUCGAGAUGUCCAGCAGUUCCUCCGACCCCGAACGAAGCCCAUGUGACAUCAGUGGAGAGGACGAGGAUGGCAAGGGAAAGGAUGAUGCUGAUGACGACGACGAGGAGGACCGACCGCGGAGACUGGAUGGCCCGCAUAUUACCAUCAAUGAGCCGGACAUGAUCCACACGAGGACUCGAAAUUCCACGUUCCCCCGCUUAGAUACUCGUCCCACCUUCCGCGAGACCAAGGGCGACGGCGAUCCCUCGUCACUGGUCCGCUCCACCACGCGGCGACCGACGUUGAACAAUCUCUUCCGGUCUCUUACCCAGGAACGCGACCGGUCGACCCAGCCAUACCUCAGCUGGAAUGCCACUGUGGGCCGCAACUCCAACUUUGUUGAUUUGACCGAGGAGCAACGCGAUGAGCUGGGCGGAAUUGAAUAUCGAGCCUUGAAGACGCUGGCGGUGGUCUUGAUCUCAUACUAUGUCUUUUUCCACAUCCUGGGCAUCAUCUGCCUCGUGCCCUGGAUCAUGACAACCCACUGGGGCAAAGUGGUCACCGAGAUCGGACAGGGUCGCCCGUGGUGGGCCAUCUUCAUGGCUCAGUCGGCCUUCAACGAUGUCGGCUUCACCCUCACGCCGGACUCGGUGGCGUCGUUCCAGACCGCGGUCUUCCCUCUUCUCCUCAUGACCUUCCUGAUCAUCAUCGGUAAUACCGGGUUUCCUUGUAUGCUGCGCCUCAUCAUCUGGGUCUUGUCCAAACUCACCCGCGCCGAAACUCCGCUGUGGGAGGAACUGCGCUUUCUGCUGGACCACCCGCGUCGGUGCUUCACGCUGCUGUUUCCCAGGAAUGCCACGUGGUGGCUUUUUGCGAUAUUGGUGGCCAUGAACGGCAUUGAUCUGAUCUUUUUCAUCAUCCUGGACUUGAAUGAUUCCACGGUCACAUCCCUGUCCACUGGCAUCCGGGUCCUUGACGGUCUCUUCCAGGCAGCGUGCACUCGAACCGCUGGCUUCGCCGUGGUAUCCGUCUCAGACCUCCAUCCAGCUGUCCAAGUGUCCUACAUGAUCAUGAUGUAUAUAUCUGUGUUUCCCAUCGCCAUCUCCCUGCGGCGCACCAACGUGUACGAGGAGAAGAGUCUUGGGAUCUACGCCUCGGAGGAAGAUGACUCGGACGAGAACCAGACGCCUCCCAGCUAUAUCGGAGCGCAUUUGCGCAAGCAGCUGAGUUUUGAUCUGUGGUACGUAUUCCUGGGACUGUUCAUCAUCGCCAUCGUCGAAGGCAAGCGCCUGGAGCAGCAGGACGAGUAUUCAUUCCAGAUCUGGGCGGUGCUGUUCGAGGUCGUCUCCGCGUACGGCACGGUUGGCCUCUCGCUCGGGUACCCCGGUGUCAAUGCGUCGUUCUCCAGCCAAUUCCAGGUUCUCUCCAAGCUGGUCAUCAUUGCCAUGCAAGUCCGUGGCCGGCAUCGCGGCCUGCCCUAUGCAUUGGACCGGGCUAUUCUCCUGCCGUCCGAGUCUCUAAACCAAAACGAGAUUGCAGAUGCAGAGCGGCGCAUGCGUCGCCGCGCCUCCAGCCUCAGCCAGAUGUCCAUGGACCGUCAGCCAUCCCAGCCUCGGCCCGAACACGGGGCCUCGACGAGUCUGGAUCCAAAAGAUCGGGCGAGCCAGACAUGGAUGAAUGGCGAUAUUAUUCGUCGUCAAUCGACCUUGCGGUCGCAGCGCUCCCAGCGCUGAUCAUUUUGGGUAUAUCUGUAUAGUGGAUAGAUGCCUUGAUAGACUUGGGGUCGGUAUUGGUCCGGUUCGACUUCGGAGGCUUGCAAAUCCCUUGAUCUGUUCUUAUUUCCUUUUGAUGGUGUUCUUCUAGCGAGUGUCUUUCUUAAAGCGUGUCAGUCUGGUUGUCCUGUAACAACUCCAAACUACCCUGUAGCGUCCGCCGGGAUUUCGCUUGUUCCGGUCCCGAUCCUGCCCCGGACGGCCUUUGCC